GUCACUUUGACAUUUAGCUUUACAGAGCACGGGUUUUGAGGUUAUUAUGAAUAAUACAAUUUUACACAAAUUAUAACAAAUCGAUACGUUAAUAGUACUAAUAUUUCGGAAAAUUAAUAAUUUAUUAAUAAUGGCUACUGUAUCUACGGCUCCGGCUCCAGGCAUGCACCAAAUCGAUUUAUCCAAGCUGAAUAUUCACCAGUUGGCCCAACUUAAACAGCAAUUGGAUCAGGAACUGAAUGUGUUUCAAGAUUCGUUGCAAACAUUGAAAAUUGCUCAAGGCAAGUUUGUGGAGUCUGGUGAAAGUGUGGAGAAGAUCACUCCUCAGACUAAUGGUAAAACUAUCCUAGUCCCUCUAACUGGAUCCAUGUAUGUACCGGGAACUAUAAUAGAUACAGAUAAUGUUAUUAUAGAUAUCGGUACUGGAUAUUAUGCUCAAAAGGACAUAGAGGGAGCAAAGGAUUACUUCAAGAGAAAAGUUCAGUUUGUGACAGAACAGAUGGAGAAGAUUCAGAUGAUGGGUGGUGAGAAAACCAGGGUCCGUGAAGCGAUCUGCAUGAUGAUGGACGCUAAGAUGCAGCAACAGGCUGCGGCACAGAAACCCUCGACUUCAUAACGGUUACUACACCAAACUCGCUUAUCAUCGUCUUCAUAGAGUUAUCCAGUUUUCAGAGGGUCCGCUUACCAAACUUAGAGAUUUGACAGGUCUGGACCCCUAUUUCGCUCAUCUAUCUGAAUACUUCACAUGAGAGAAUUGAAUUUUUGUACUCACAUAAAUAUAGCUAUAAUAAUUUGUCAGCUGCAGUGAAGGAGAGAUCCUUUGCACUAGGAUGUACAUUUAUCUUUCUGUCCUGGUGUCAAAUCAAUCUAUAUUUGACAGAGUAAUGCAUUUGUAUCGAAACUGUAUUUAAGGUCUUGACAAUUUGUUAUUUUGUAAGUCAUGAUUGCAUUAUGCAAUCUGUUGGCAUUGUUAUACUAUGCUUAGUCCCAAUGAAAUGUGCCCUAAUUUGUUUCUCAAGAAAUACUCAAGUCCAUAUACCUAUUUGUACUUUUCUUACCACUUGUGCUUCUAACUAAUUCGAGAAAAGAUUGGAAUUAUAUUCAUGUUGCAAGAACACUUUGUUGCGUGUAUCGUGUUUUAGUUUGGUUUAUUAAGCAAUAAAUAACAUCAGUAUUUUAA